AGGGCGGGGCGCCUCGUGAAGAUGGUGGCGCGCGAGGCGUGUGGCUCCCGUCGUCUGCCCAAGUUUCAGCUCAGUGCACCCGCCAGCGUCUCGCUGGUCUGGAGCCCCUGCCUGCCGGGCCUCUGACCCCGCGCCCCCACGCACGAUUCCCGGCAUGCCCCGCGCCCGUAAGGGCGGUGCGCCCCGCAAGGGCGGCCAGCGCCGCCGAGGGGGUGCCUGCAGCAGUACCCAAGCUGACUCAGGUUCCAGUGAGGAUGAGGCAGCCAGUGAGGCCCGCAGCACCACCAGUGAAUGCCCCAGCCUUCUUAGCACCGCAGCAGAGGACAGCCUUGGGGGGGAUGCCAUGGAUGAGCAGGGCCAGCAGGAAGACCUUGAGGAGAAGUUGAAGGAGUAUGUGGACUGCCUCACAGAUAAGAGUGCCAAGACCCGGCAAGGUGCUCUUGAGAGCCUGCGCCUGGCCCUGGCAUCCCGCCUACUCCCCGACUUCUUGCUGGAGCGCCGCCUCACGCUGACUGAUGCCUUGGAAAAAUGCCUCAAGAAAGGGAAGGGCGAGGAACAGGCCCUGGCUGCUGCUGUGCUGGGCCUGCUCUGCGUGCAGCUGGGCCCUGGACCCAAGGGCGAGGAGCUGUUCCACAGCCUGCAGCCCCUCCUAUUCUCUGUGCUCAGUGAUGGUACAGCCAGCCCUGCCACCCGGCUCCAUUGCGCUUCUGCUCUUGGCUUGGGCUGCUACGUGGCUGCCGCCGAUGUCCAGGACCUGGUCUCUUGCCUCACCUGCCUGGAAGGCGUCUUCAGCCGGCCUUGUGGUGUGGGUGGCUCCACAGCCUCUGUAUUCCCUGUCAGCCUGCAUGGUCUGCUCUGUGCUGCCCUGCAGGCCUGGGCAUUGCUACUCACCAUCUGCCCCAGCACCCAUAUCAGCCACAUCCUGGACAGGCAGCUGCCCCGUCUGCCCCAGCUCUUGUCCAGUGAAAGUGUGAACCUGCGGAUCGCUGCUGGCGAGACCAUCGCACUGCUCUUUGAGCUUGCCCGGGACCUUGAGGAGGACUUUAUUUACGAGGACAUGGGGGCCCUCUGCAGUACCCUGCGCACUCUGGCCACCGACAGCAACAAGUACCGUGCCAAGGCUGACCGGCGGCGUCAGCGCUCUAUUUUCCGUGCUGUGCUGCACUUUGUUGAGGGCGGCGAGUGUGAGGAGGAGACCAUCCGAUUUGGGCUCGAGGUGCUCUAUGUAGACAGCUGGGCUCGGCGCCGGAUCUAUGCCGCCUUCAAGGAUGUGCUGGGAUCAGGCAUGCACCACCACCUCCAGAACAACGAGCUACUCCGUGACAUCUUUGGCCUGGGCCCUGUGCUGGUGCUGGAUGCCACUGCCCUGAAGGCCUGCAAGAUCUCACGUUUUGAGAAGCACCUAUACAACGCUGCUGCCUUCAAAGCCCGGACCAAGGUGCGCAGCCGCUUGCGGGACAAGCGGGCAGACAUCCUGUGAGGCAGGACCAGCUGAAGAGGAGAAUGUCUGCACCCUUGCCCGCAUUUUUAACAGAAGACAGUGCAACAGCUGGUCCCCGCCAAGAGUUGUUGCUUUAUUUUUUUAAUGACAAAACCAAAAACAGACAUGGGGGUGGGUGGCUGGAAGCCAGGCCCUUUGCCCCUGCAGUCAGCCCUGUGGCCUCUUCCUGCCCUGUCUCAGGCCAGGCCAGGUGUGUGCCUGUCCCAGGGCUGUGGGGCAGCCAGUAGGAGGGCUUUCCCUUCCUUUCUCUCCUUUCUCAGGCCUUGCUCCCCUUCCUUGGGGUGGGGGUGGAAUGGCAUCUGGACAGAUGCCACCUCAUCAGGUGGGGAGGUAAGGCUACCUGGAAUGGAUUUAUGUGCUGACUUUUAAAGAUUAUUAGAGAUAAUUAAACUGAAUGCUCAGCCCUCUGUG